AUGCCUGAUACUAUUGCAGUCCUUAGGACGAGCCCUGUUCGAGUUGGGGGACAGCUGGACGAGUCUCAAGUUUAUUUUCACAGACUGUUCUGGACGUUUCCACCGUGUAUCGAGGCAUUCCGUCAUUGCAAGUAUGGGAGAACGUUGCUUGUCGCGAUUGCACAUGACAGGAACUCCAACAUACUCCCUGUUGCAUUCGCACUAGUCGAGGGUGAGAAUGCUGAGUCCUGGUCCUUCUUUCUCUCCCACCUGCGUCAACACGUGACACCGCAGCCGGGUUUGCUGGUUAUAUCGGACAGGCAUAACGGCAUCAAGGCCGCGCUUGAGGCUCCCGACGGAGGAUGGCUACCUCUAGCUGCAUACCGUGCAUUCUGCAUUCGACAUGUAGCAGCAAAUUUUACCCUAACCUUCAAGGGCAAAGACGCAAGGAGGCUUCUUAUGAACGCAGCGUAUGCUAAGACCGAGGUAGAGUUCGAUUACUGGUUUGAUAUUCUGCGGUCUGAAGACCCUGUGAUGUGUGACUGGGCGAACCGGAUUGAGUAUUCAUUGUGGACACAACAUUGUGAUAAGGGCCGGAGAUUCGGACACAUGACGACAAAUAUCUCUGAGUGUGUGAACUCAAUAUGUAAGUUGGUGAAGGCAACAUACGGAAGGUUGGCCGAACUAUUUAUCCGCAAAGGGAGAGAGGAUGAGGCCCAGCUGGGUACUAGACAAUAA